UGAGGUGCAUCCAUUGGAGCAAGUCCUCAUUUGGCACGUGCGAGCCUCACUUAAAUAGCAUUAGCAUGGCCCCCUCAUCAUCACCAUCUUCCAAGAGGCACCCACUGUUCCACGGAAUCCGUUGCCGCGGAAGGAAAUGGGUCUCCGAAAUCCGCGAGCCACGCAAGGCCUCUCGCAUAUGGCUUGGCACCUUCCCCACGCCGGAGAUGGCCGCCGCUGCCUACGACGUGGCCGCGUUGGCCUUAAAAGGCGACGGCGCUGUUCUCAACCUCCCUCACUCGGUUUCAAAGUAUCAAAUGCCUUUAACCAACUCUCCUGCGGAUAUUCGCAGUGCUGCCUCCGCUGCAGCCGCAAUGAUAAAGGCCGAAACUGAAACUGAAGCUACCCACAACCACAACAUGAAUAUUGCAUCAAUAACUGAUAAUGAAGCUACCUACACUGCUUCAACUUCGUGGUUUGAAACUGAUUUCAUCGACGAGGAAGUCAUAUUUGGUAUGCCAAGUUUGCUGGUGGACAUGGCCGGGGGAAUGCUUCUGUCGCCGCCCAGAAUGAGCCCGCCACCGUCCGAUAACUCGCUGGAGAAGCAAAAUGGUGAAACUUUGUGGAGCUAUUUUUGACAUUGGCGUGUCUCACAUCAUAUCCCACACCCUUAAUUAAGGACUUUA